CGGGCAGCGUGAGCGGCCCGAGUAAAACCCUAUAAAGCCUAAACCUGGCCGGGGCUUCAGAAUCUUUUUGGCUUACUUCUCCCACCUUCUUCUUAGCCUUUCAGUACCCACACCGCCGUCAUCAGUGUGUCUCCAUCCUCUCAUUCCCCAUUCUCCAAGUUCCCACAGCCAGACUAUUAACUCUUUUCACAUACAAUUCUAUCGAGCUUCAAGCACCGGAGAUACAGCGGACCUCCAGUUCCUCAUGGAGCUGCUUCGAUCACAUCUUUCUAGGGUUCGAAUACCCGAGCCCACUAACCGCAUAUACAAGAACGAGUGCUGUGUAUCUUUUGACACGCCGAAGUCGGAGGGGGGUUUGUACGUGGACUUGAGCACGUUUCUAGCUUUUGGGAAGGAGUAUGUGUUCUGGAACUAUGAGAAGACCGGUAAUCCUGUUUAUCUACAUAUCCAGCAGAGGAUGAAGCCUGUUCCCGAGGACCGUCCACUCAAGAAACCCACUCUUCUGGCUAUUGGUGUUGAAGGAGGUUUUGAUAAUCAAGAACCUGAAUACGAGGAAACCUACAAUAUUGUGAUAUUUCCUGAUGACAUUACUCUACCUUUCCCAUCCGUUGAGUUGCCAGAAAAGGUUAGGCUAUCUGUUGAUGCUGUUUUACUUUUUGAGGGUGCGGAGCGGAAAGAGCAACUAGCGUCAUGGACUUCUGAGAAGAAAAAAAUAAGUGAUUAUGCGAUGAAUUUGGAACAGAUAAAUAAUGGUGUUCAUAUACCUCCAUCGGGUUGGAAAUGUUCCAAGUGUGAUAAGACUGAUAACCUUUGGCUUAAUUUGACCGAUGGUGUGAUUCUUUGUGGAAGAAAAAAUUGGGAUGGCAGUGGAGGAAAUAAUCAUGCCAUUGAACAUUACCGAGAGAAAAAUUACCCUCUUGCUGUAAAAUUAGGAACUCUAUCAGCUGAUCUGGAGAAGGCAGAUGUUUUUUCUUAUCCGGAGGAUGAUAGUGUCGAUGAUCCUUUAUUAGCUCAGCACUUGGCAUUUUUUGGCAUUGAUUUUUCUGCAUUGCAAAAGACUGAAAUGACCACUGCAGAGAAGGAACUCGACCAAAAUUUUAAUUUUGACUGGAAUAGAAUCCAGGAAAGUGGACAGGAACUGGAGCCCUUGAUUGGGCCGGGCUACACUGGGCUCAUUAAUCUUGGGAAUAGCUGUUACAUGGCAUCUACUAUGCAAGCAGUUUUCUCCUGUCAUUCUUUCAUUGUAAGAUACUAUAAAGAGCAAAGUUUGAAAUUAGCUUUCAAUCUGGCUCCCGCUGAUCCAACUUUGGACUUGAAUAUGCAAUUGACAAAGCUGGCUCAUGGUUUGUUGUCUGGAAAAUAUUCGAUACCAACUCUAGAGGUAGAGGACUCGAGAAAUUGCAAAAGUGCCAGUUCAAGCGUUAAGCAGGAAGGUAUUCCUCCCCGUAUGUUUAAAACAAUUAUUGCAGCUAGCCAUCCUGAAUUUUCAAGCAUGAGACAACAGGAUGCUUUGGAAUUCUUUUUGCAUCUUCUUGACCAAGUUGAGCAGGCCCAUACUGGAAAACCUGAAUUAAAUCCCUCAAGAAGUUUUAAAUUUUUUAUUGAGGGAAAAGUUGCUUAUAAUAAAAGGGCUGACUUUAUCCUUUCUUUGAAUAUCCCGCUCGCUGAAGCAACUAAUAAAGAGCAACUGGAAGCAAAUAGGGCAGAUAAGUCUGUGGACGAAAAGCAACCAAUUAAUCAUGAAAUUAUACGGCCAAGAAUCCCUUUAGAAGCAUGCCUUAAAUGUUUUUCAGACCCAGAGGAGGUGCAUGAUUUCUAUAGCACCGCACUUAAUGAAAAGACAACAGCAAUCAAAACCGCUGGCUUUAUAACUUUCCCCGAUUUCCUGGUUCUGCACAUGCGCAAGUUUGUAUUAGAGGAAGGAUGGGUUCCAAAGAAACUGGAUGUGUACAUAGACGUUCCUGAUGUUAUUGAUAUCACCAAUAUGCGCAGCAAAGGUUUUCAGUUAGGAGAACAAUUACUUCCAGAGAAAGCUUCUGUCAUUGAUGAGCCUAAAGGCACACACAUUGUCCCCAACGAGGAUAUUGUUUCACAGCUGGUAGCUAUGGGAUUUAAUUAUCUCCAUUGUCAAAAAGCUGCUAUUAACACUUUCAAUGUUGGGGUUGAGGAAGCAAUGAAUUGGUUACUGUCCCACAUGGAUGAUCCAGAUAUUGAUGAUCCUAUUCAUUACGGGCCUCGAGAUACCGGUUUAAUUAUUGAUGAAGCAAGUGUCGAAACGCUGAUUUCAUUUGGAUUUGAGGAAGUUGUUGCUCGAAAAGCAUUGAAGGCCUCGGGUGGGAACAUUGAGAAGGCUACAGAUUGGAUAUUUAAUCAUCCUGAAGCUACUUCUGCCGCCAUGGAUACUGAUGCCCCAACUUCAAGCAACACACAGGCUAGUGAUAGCGGAGUCCCUGAUGGAAAUGGGAGGUAUAAACUGUUGGCAUUCAUCAGCCACAUUGGCACAUCAACUCAUUGUGGUCACUAUGUGGCUCAUGUCCGUAAGGAUGGAAGAUGGGUCAUUUUCAAUGACAGUAAAGUUGGCGCAUCUGCUAAUCCACCCAUAGACAUGGGCUACCUCUACUUCUUCGAGAGAUUCGAUGGCUAAACCCUACUUCAGAUUGUUCCAUGGAAAAGGAAAAAACAAGCUUCGAUGAUGCCCCAUCCCCCCAUUCAAUUCGAUUCAAUUCGGUUUGGCCAUUCAUGCCACUAAAAAAAUUGGUCCAAAGAGUCAUCAGAACGUUAGCUCAUUUUGAAGUCUCUGCCCCCCCAGCCAAAAUUAUCAAAAUGGAGAAAGGCUGCUUCACCUGCAAGGUUUUUCUGCAGUGGUGGAAAACUUUUUUUUUUUUGGGGUAGUUGGGUUUGAACUAAUUCUGAGUGCAAUUUUCUUUUGAUAAUCUGAAAAAAAUGAAUUCCUUUGAGUUGAAACACGGGCAAGACAUUCAUUAGAGAUAUGCUAUUUUCACUCAAUUAAAACUUGAAAUAUUUUUACUUCA